CUCAGCUCGAUUCACAUUACAACGGCUACCAAUCUUCUUGCUCUCUGCAUCCUGACAACGCAAACAAUAGCAGGUUUUCGAAUAGAAUAAACCAACCUAAAAUAAAAAGUCAUGGAGAAGUGGAAAUAUAACUACAGUCGUUUGAGUUCUAUUACUGUUGGAAUUUUGUUUCUGCUUUUGAUAUCAAAUGGCGAAGCAUUAACGACAGCACGGGCACUGAAAACCGUCCUCCGCCUCUCGAGUGAGGUUCUCGCCGAGAAAACGCUCGAAGAAUCAAGUAAAUCCUCUAGUUCGAAAACAGAAAAGUUUGCGAAGCCGCCUCGCCUGAUCCCUGAAGAUCCAUCCCUCAUACCCUCUCUAUACAAUUAUGAUCACUGUCCGUUUUGUGUUCGAGUUAGACUAGCUCUCGGAUUCAAAAAUAUCAAGCACAACCUCGUGUUCAUGGCCAACGACGAUGUUCACACACCCACUUCAAUGGUUGGGAAAAAAAUUGCUCCCAUUAUGGUAAGUGGGCAACGAGAACGAAAAAAUGGCGUUGUAGGAAUCUCAAUUUGCACAUUUUGAUGAUGCGUUCGUUCAAGAAUACAUUUUAACUAAAUACUCACAUACUUCCCUCCAAUAUAUUUGCUGAUUUCUUCGAUGUUUUCAGAGAUUUCCCUCUGAAAGUGCUGAUGAGGACGACCUCAUCAUGAUGGAAUCAAUGGACAUCAUUGAAUUCAUCGAAAACGAUGAACGCUUCGGCCCUACGAACGUAUUGCGUCCCGCAUCCGGACGGACCGAUCUGAAAGAAUGGCAAAAAAGUGUGAGGUUGUUGUUACGGAAUUUGCAGCGACCUCGAUACGUAGCCACCGGUUUGCUCCCCGAAUUCCAACAAAUCGAUUCCAGACAUGCAUUCAUUGCGAACCAUCCUUUGCCCCCUUUCGACAAAGCGGAAUGGAAGGAAAUGGAAGACUUUUCACAGCAAUUGUCAAUCUAUGCUGAGGCAAUGGCCAACGACCCGACGUGUAUGAUCGAAGAGCUGAACGCGAAGCUUGUUGCACUGGACGAUAUUGUUUACUGUGACACGUACUGUACUGAGGGUGGCUUGUCCCUUGAUGACAUUGACUUGUGGGCUCGUUUGAGAUCAAUAACCAUUAUUGCAGACGUUGAAUGGCCCGACGGUUUGCGUCGGUACAUGGACAACCUAGCCGAAUUAGCAGAUGUUAGCUUGUACGAUGAGCUCGCCAUGUGAAUCAUUUGUUGAAAAUUGACGAAAGCCCAUCAUAUCGCAACUGAUAUCACAUUCAUCUUAAAUCAAUUUUGAUAUUGUGUAUACAUACUCAGGUUCUAUUAUCAAGCAAUUGAUUCUGCAGGUUCAUAAGCGAGAUGAAAUGUCAAAUCCAAGCGGAAUCAAAAUAAAGCAACAAACUGUACUACUAUUCACCAUAUCCAGGACGCGCACGAAAAAAUAUAACUGAAAACGACAGAAUCAACGGAACGUCACAAGGUGACUAGAGUGUCGAUCUCACUUCUAAAACCUUAGUCCUUCCUGCAAAUGCACACGAUGCACGCGUUCAAUCCGCUUCACUUCGCACAACAUCACACCAUGCACUCAACUUUAGAUAAAAAAUCACAUCUUGGACACUGAUCGAUGAAUAAUAGGGCCUCCUGCUAAUACAUGAGAUACAGCUAU